AUGGAGUACAACGCAACGGAACGUUCUAACUGCGGAGUAAAUUUCACAACGGAAGAUUUAGAUCAAUUAGAAAGUGUCGAGGAAAUGUAUUUCAAAAUGAGAGAGAUCAAGGAAGAAGAUGACGAGGAUGAUUAUUCAGACAGCAGUUCUGACGACGAAGGCGAUGACACUGAUCAAGAUGAAGCUGUUGAGAUCAUGGAAAUAUACGAAACGGAACGUUCCAAAGUGGAAGCAUUUUACUCGGAAACCUGUAAAUGUAAAAUGGGUGUGGGAGAGAUGGCAUGCAGUGCAACCCUGAGCCUAGAUGAUAUCACAGAGUGUAGAAACAACUGUAGUGAACUAUCAUCCGCUGAACUUGACUUAGUCAUACUGGGAAUCAUUCACAGCUCCUUGAACUGUAGCGAAACUAGCAUC